GAGGUAUAUAAGCUUGUGAGAGCCACCGAGGGCUUCACUGCAGUCAGCAGAUUCAUCUGAGCGAAUCCACUCUAGCCUUAGAGAUAACCCUAAGUUAAAAAAUGGCAUUCGCCGGAAUUCUGUCAGAAGCCGACAUCACUGCAGCCCUUGCGGCUUGCCAAGCUGCCGACUCUUUCAAGCACAAGGACUUCUUCGCUAAGGUCGGCCUGGCUGCCAAGUCCGCUGAUGACAUCAAGAAGGCCUUCGCUGUCAUUGACCAGGACAAGAGUGGCUUCAUUGAGGAGGAUGAGCUGAAGCUGUUCCUGCAGAACUUCUCUACCAGUGCCAGAGCUCUGACCGACGCUGAGACCAAGACGUUUCUUCAGGCCGGCGACUCUGAUGGUGACGGCAAGAUCGGAGUUGAUGAGUUCGCCGCCAUGGUCAAGGGUUAAAUGGAUGAACUGACCAACAUCUGACUACCUAAAGGAACAACUUGAGCCAGAACUCUUCUUCUUUUCCCUCUCACUCUCUACUCAGCUCUCCACACCACUUUUAUACACUCGACCUUUCACCCCGACCCCGACUAUAGACAAACCGCCUCCCCACCUCCCCCAUCCUCCCUCUCUCUCUCUCUCUCUUUCUCUGACCGUGCUCACCCCAAUGCUGCCCACGAUGAAUGUACCUGACUAAGUGUAUGGCGUGGUUGACUUGUGUCUUUUUCUCUCUCUCUCUCUCACUUCUGUCGUCGUUUUACUAUGUGAGUUUUGCUUACUGUGAGAUCAGCGAAAGAUGCACUUUUAUGGCAAACGGACGGACGAUGAGAAAACAAUAAAGGUUCUUUUUCAGUAAUACAA